AAUUCCUACAAUAUUUCUAGGCGUUCACCAUGCCGGAUCUACACGUUCGUCCAUACUCAAUUGCAGAGCUGAACAAUCUCAGCGAAACAAAGGUUGAUGCGAACACUCCAAUACGACUGUACUUCCGAUCCGCAAAAUCUGUACUUCAACAGGCACGAGUGUACAUGAAUGAAGGCGAUUUUCAAGAAGCGUACAGGUUAUACAUGAAAUACACCAAACUUGGACUAUCAGAAUUAAGAAAACAUCCCAAAUUCUCACUUACUGAAAACAAGGUCGAUAUCAAAGCUAUAGAAAAAAACUGCAAUGAAGCAUUGAAUGCUAUGGAAUUGAUGAAGCCAAAAUUGGAAGCGAGGUACAAAGAUUAUAUCCAUCGACUAGAAAAGGAAAAGGAACGACUGAGGAAGAUAAAGGAGGAGGAAGGCAGACAAUCGAAGUUACGAAAGCUAGCCUAUGUCGAAGAAAAGACCCAAGUCGACGAAGAACCCACCAAUAAACCAUGGUCAUUGCAGGACGAAUUGCAGGGCGUUGUAGGAGUUGGAAGUCAAACAGAAGCAGCCUAUAGACAGUCAUUGGAUAAUUCGUCGCAUGUAUACUAUCCUGGAGUUUUGCAGCGAAACCAAAGUGAUCAGUUCACCUAUCAAGCGAACACAGGCGAUGUUUUGAUUAAGUCUCCGCCAAUACCUCGUAAGGAACCUCUGGUACCAAGCAACGUACCCCUCAACCUACCACCUAUACCACCAAAAGUACAUUUGGAUGCUAGUCCUGGACCAAGCUUACCUCCCAAGAUUGAAUUAGAAGUAUCGAAAGACAUAUCCAAUGACGUUGGGGAUUUCAGUGAUGCUACCACGGAAAAUGGAGAGCCUUUACGACGUGUUAACACACCAUCAAAGAUUAUGGAGCGGUUCUUAGAAAUUGCGUCGACAAACACGAAUAGAAAUUUGGAGACCUGUGGUAUAUUAUGCGGCCACUUGAAAUCGAACGAACUAACAGUCACCACCCUCCUGAUACCCAAGCAAACAUCCACUUCGGACACAUGUACUACUGAGAACGAAGAAGAGGUAUUCGAAUAUCAAGACCGGCAUGAUUUACUCACACUGGGUUGGAUUCACACACAUCCAACACAGUCAUGUUUUAUGAGUUCAGUGGAUCUUCACACUCAUUGCUCAUAUCAAUUAAUGCUGCCUGAAGCCAUUGCCAUAGUCUGUGCUCCGAAGCAUAAGCCAAAUUACGGCAUUUUUCGACUGACAGAUCCACCUGGUCUUGAUGUGAUUACACGGUGCCGUGAACCCAGGGCCUUUCAUCCACACCCCGACGUUCCCAUUUAUACAGAUGCUUUGGAUCUAGGACACGUACGAAUGUCUCCACUUUCGUUCAACGUAGUGGACCUACGAUAGCACUUUCCAGCACCCCAUCCACCAAUAAGAACGACUUUGGCAAGUGGGAAAAUCCUAAAAGCGGACUUGUCGCACUUUUUGGUCACCCAAAUGGUCUCCUAGUU